CCCGCCCUCGGACGCCAUUUCUCAGUAACGCACUCGGCUGGAGGAUAGGAGCUGAAUACUAAUAAGAGGAACGGUUAAAAAAUAUCUAAAGAUCUCAAGCAGACACACUGAAGUAAACGACAACUGGAGGUGUGGACACCAAGAUUCGGUUCUGGUUAGGAUGCCGACCUGAAGCGCAUUCACAUGAUAGUGAAUGUAUUUUUUGUCUGAAGACGUGUUGCAGGCCGCCAUUUUUGUUACUGCCUCAAAAGUCUGUCUGGAGUCAAAAAGGGGUUAGCGCAAAUAUCACGGAUCUCUGCAUUGGACGCAGAAAGAAGAAGGUCUGAUGAAACAAUCUUGUCCGAAAGCGGCAGACUUUAUGAGCGUUGCAUCGACAUGUAGACCAGCUUGCGAUUGUAAGUAGCGAGGCGACCUUUUCCGUAGUGAAAACUGACAGACUGAAUAUAGCUAUAUUGUUUCAUAAGCUAGCUAAUGUUACUUUUUCGGAAGAGGGAACGGAAAGGGGAACCUUUAUGGGUUAUUGUUGCACGAAGCCUCUUUACACUCGGCUGACUAACUGGUGAUUCCUACUUCAAGAACAAACCUUGCCCCAUUCGCGAGCGCUAUAAACCAACACAAUGCAUCAAAGUUGGCUCAUGCUAGUCCCAGCCUGUCUGUGAGACGUCAGGUUGCGAUUCCAGUGUUCUGGAGAAAGCAGUCUGUUCGUCUGGAUUACAGUGAACGUGUUAUAGAAUCCAGUUACAUUUGUUAUUUAUUGUUCAUUAGUAGAUUGUAUCUUAGUGGUUGUUUUGGGAGUUAAUUUAUAUCAUUUAAACAUGUCAUCUGCAAGGUUCGAUUCCUCUGACCGUUCUAGCUGGUAUUUUGGGCCGGUUUCGCGGCAGGAGGCACAAAAUAGGUUACAAGGACAGAGGCACGGAAUGUUUUUAGUCCGAGAUUCAUCCACAUGCCCCGGUGACUAUGUGCUGUCGGUAUCGGAAAACUCCAAAGUGUCGCACUAUAUCAUAAAUUCUUUACCAAGCAAGAGGUUUAAAAUCGGAGACCAGGAGUUCGAACAUCUCCCUGCGCUUCUGGAGUUCUACAAGAUCCAUUACUUGGACACAACUACUUUGAUAGAACCUGCACCCAGGCUUCACCACACGGUGCUGAGCGGCGGGCCCGGCGGCCUCCCUGGCGGCGAGGAGAACGUGGAGUACGUGCGGACGCUGUACGACUUCACGGGCAGCGACGCCGAGGACCUGCCCUUCAAGAAGGGCGAGAUCCUCAUCAUCCUGGACAAGCCGGAGGAGCAGUGGUGGAGCGCCAAGAGCAAGGAGGGCCGCGUGGGCAUGAUCCCCGUGCCCUACGUGGAGAAGCUGAUGCGGGGCGGCCCUGGCGGCGGGCAGCCGGGAGUCGGCGGCGGGCUGGCGGGCUCGCGCAACUCCAACAGCUAUGGCAUCCCCGAGCCGGCGCACGCCUACGCACAGCCCCAGACGCCCUCGCCGCUGCCCCCCGGCACUCCGGGCGCCGUCAUCACCCCGCUACCCAACAUGCAGAACGGGCCCGUCAUGGCCAAGGCCAUACAGAAGCGCGUGCCCUGUGCCUACGACAAGACCGCCCUGGCACUGGAGGUGGGGGACAUUGUGAAGGUGACUCGGAUGAACAUCAGUGGGCAGUGGGAGGGCGAGGUGAACGGCCGGCGGGGUCUUUUCCCUUUCACCCACGUCAAAUUGUUGGACGCCCAGAAUCCAGACGAGAGCGAAUGACAUGGAAGCACCCUCAGCUCUCCUUCUCUUGUUCUCUCUCUCUCUCUCUCUCAGCUCUCCAGCCUGCCCUGCCUUUCAGCCACCCGCCGCGUACCUUUGCUCCCUCCCUUCCUCUUCGCCCUCGUCCAUCCUCAUUACUCAGCCCACAUCCCCAGAACAUUGUAUUGACGCCACCCAGACCCCCCAAGCCCACCCCAAUUCUCUUCGCUACCUGCAGGGCUCUCUCUCUCUCUCUAUCGAUCUCUCUCUCUCUCCAUU